UACUUAAACCGAACCGUACCCCAGUGCCCCUUUCUCUGCCUCCCCCGGCCGGUUCGUGUUGGCGGCCACCAGGUCUCACGGUGCUCGCUCCACGGUUUCUAUGGCUAUCAUUUGGACCGGUUUCUACCUGGAGGAUCUCCGAGCCAGAGCUAGGCCUGAUCCUCUGUAAAAGAUACCACUUCAAUGCCACCGACUCGGGCGCCAAUAGUCCCUGUGGAUCAAAUUAUGUCGCUUGCUGUGUGAUGAUCAUGAAUUUCAUCCACAAGAAUAAGACUGCACCUGAGAGGAAUAUACGUACUUCAACAGCAGAUAGCCAUCAUCGCUCAAGAACCAAUGGCUGGACCUGGCCACUGCAUCCAUAUCAGAUAAUUUGUUGGAUCAUCUGCCUCUACUUUGUUAUUGUUGUGUUUGGUAUACUUAUACCUCUUCUUCCAUCUCAUUGGGUACCAGCCGGCUACAUUUGGCUCGGUGUUAUGUUCAUUUGCAACCUGAUUGUUCAUUUGACUUCAGCCAGCAUUGACCCAGCUGAUAAGAAUGUUCGAGCCAAACACUACAAUAAGCCAAUUCCAGUGUUUGACCGCAGCAAACGUAAACAUGUUAUUGAAAAUCAUCACUGCUAUCUUUGUGAUGUUGAUGUAGGUUUGAAGUCCAAACACUGCAGUCAGUGUAACAAAUGUGUAGCAGCAUUUGAUCAUCACUGUAAAUGGCUCAACAAUUGCGUAGGGGGCAGAAAUUACUGGCAUUUCCUGAAUUGUGUUAUUUCUGCUGUCAUUGGCAUCCUGGUGGUUGUUGGUAUUGCAUCCUAUGUGCUCAUUGCAUUCUUUGUUGAUCCAAAUAUGCUUCGCUCCAACCAGAAAUUUGAAACUAUAAAUGAUACAAAUAUCUGGUUUGCAUUUCUGCCUCAUGCUCCUGUUCGUACAAAUGCUACUGUCAUUCUUCUAGUGUCUGCAAUGACUGUUCUUCUAGGUCUGACUUCGGUGACACUUUUGGGUCAACUCCUGUGCUUCCAUAUCUACCUCUUGUGGAACCGACUCAGCACUUACGAAUACAUUGUGCGCCAGCGUCACCGGCAAGGGUCCAAGAUCUCACCCAAGAAUUCAAAGGCACAAGAUUCUCCAACACUAUCCGAACAGAAUUUUGGAACUGUAGGUUCUCUUGGAUACACUAAUAAUGGAAUUCACUUUGAAGGUACCUCAUUAACGGUGUCAUCGACAAAGGAGGAACCAGAACAUUAUCAGAAUGGUGACAUGAAGUUGUCCAGGAGUAAACUGGAAUAUGAUUCUUUGCCUACAAUUUCUACACAUCUUCAGAAAACCAAGAAAAAGAAGAGAGUAAACAAGCUACCUGCAGACAUAAUUACUGAUAAGUCAUCAGCCAGCACAAUUAAACUACCAUCUGCUCCUCUUUCAGAACCAGAUCUUGCUGUUGCUUUCCAGAGUUCAGUGAUCCCUAUCCCAGCUUUCCCAUCAAGGUCUGCUCUACCUUCGUUAAUGCUCAGUGGCAGUAACCAUGUGCAGGCUGCAGGCCCUCCAGCUGAAUACCAUUCCGAUUCUGCAGAGUCCAUGGAUGAAAUCCCAGUGAUUCAGACAAGACUUGGCAGUGCAGCAAUGGUCAACUCCUCCAACACAAUCCUUCACAGCACAAUGAACAAGCUUGGAAAUUCCCUGCAGAGUCUCAUUCCCAAACCACAGCACCAUGGUGAAGAACCAAAGCCAUUUUCUCCAGUGCACCAAAAUAUUAGGAAGAAUUCUAAAAGGUUUGCAGGCUUAGAUGCAAAAAUUGAACUGGUCCAGAAGGUACCGCCUGUAUAUGUUAGCCGCAGCAGCGGCGAAUUUCCACUGCCAGAAUUAUUGCAAAGCCCCAGGGCUAAAAUAGAGCCUGGAAAACAAAAGCUGUGUAGUAAAAAGUACCCAGAGUUGCCUGUGUUCUUUCUCCAUGCCAGAGAGAAUUUUAAUUCAAGAACAAACACUACAUCGGCAUGACUUUUAGGACCGAAUUUUAAUAACUAUAACUCAAUCGCUUUCCACACAUGCUUUUUGAAACUGAGUUCCUGGCUAUCAUCCAGUUUUGGGGCGUGAUGAAAGUGAGUCGGUUGAUAACUGCAAGCUGUGGUACGGGACGCUACCUGUUUUUUAAUCUAGUGGUCACCUACUGUGACCUAACCUUUGGCACAUCAUUGAGAUUUGAACAUGUAAUCAGUAUUUUAUUUUCCUUUUUUAUAUAUAAAUAUAUAAAUGAGGGUUAAUAUGAUCUGAAAAAAAUCCCUCUUACAGAGGUUUUAGUAUAUUUUUGUUUUUUGUUAUUUUUAUAUAAAUUCUAUUUGGCACUAAAUAUACACCAAUAUAAAUCAUUAGGCCAAUCUAGAAAUGAAUCUAUGUUUCUCAGGGACAGUUUCAAUGCUAUGUUUAGGACAUAAAAUAAACUUCUUAAAAAUUCUGUUAACCAUUAAAUUCAUGUAAUUUUGUGUGAUGGGAACUUGUAACAAUGUGGCAAAACUUUAAAGACCUGCCAUUUACUGGAGAUCCUUUAAAUAGAUUUCCUGGAAACAUAGCAUUUGCUUUGUGUGGCCUUAACAUUCUUUUAGUGACAUUAAUCUUUUUUUGUGUCUGGCUUGUUAAAAUAUUACUCAAUAGUUUAUCCUUUAAGUGCCAAUCACCUUAUAGAUGUAAUGUAUGUUUAACCUUUUGAUGAAUACAGUACUAUUUCUGUACUGAAAUAAAUCAU